AUGCCCAGACCUGUUCACGGCUCAGCUUUAUAUUGGUCAGUGCCUUUGACACUUGCAGCAGCAACAGCCUUUUAUUCGCUUAGAAGCAGAGCAGCUUCAGUACAGCCACUACGAUUUGUACCAUCGGGAGAGCCAUCGAGCGACCAUCAAAACUUGGAACGUAUUCGAGAAGAUUGGAAGCAGCGUAACCAAGGCAUUGGAUUGCGUGAUGUGAGCCGAAGCGGCGGUGGAGUCUAA